AUGAGGAUCAUGAUUAAAGGCGGGGUGUGGAAAAACACCGAGGAUGAGAUCCUCAAAGCGGCGGUGAUGAAAUACGGGAAGAAUCAAUGGGCAAGAAUUUCCUCUUUACUCGUCCGAAAGUCGGCGAAACAGUGCAAAGCGAGAUGGUUCGAAUGGCUCGAUCCAUCCAUUAAGAAAACAGAAUGGACGAGAGAAGAAGACGAGAAACUUUUGCACUUGGCAAAGUUAAUGCCGACGCAAUGGCGCACGAUUGCGCCCAUCGUCGGGAGGACACCGAGUCAGUGUUUGGAGCGGUACGAGAGGUUGCUCGACGCGGCGGUGUCGAAGGACGAGGAGUACGAUCCGAUGGACGAUCCGAGACGAUUAAGGCCGGGGGAGAUUGAUCCAAAUCCAGAAGCGAAACCGGCGAGACCAGAUGCGAUUGAUAUGGACGAAGACGAAAAAGAGAUGUUGUCGGAAGCGCGCGCGAGGUUGGCGAAUACGAAAGGGAAAAAAGCAAAGAGGAAAGCGAGGGAGAAACGAUUGGACGAAGCCAGGCGAUUGGCGAGCAUACAAAAGAAUAGAGAAAUGAAAGCGGCUGGCAUGGGGGGUAGAAACACCAAACGCAUCGUUGGUAUCGAUUACAACGCGGAAAUUGCGUUCGAGAAGUUGGCGCCCAAAGGGCCGUACGACGUCUCGGAGGAGAAACAAUUGGAGAGAAAAAUGAUACAAGAUGCUAAGUUCAAGUCGAAAACCAUUCACGAGUUGGAUGGGAAGAUGAUUAAAGAAAGAGAGGAAGAGAUGCGGACGAUGGAUAAGUUGGACGAGAUUGCAAAGAAGAAAAACGUGCCGAAAGCGGUGAAAGAAUCGAACAAGCAGUUGGAUAAUUUCUCCGCCGGGAGGAUUCGAGGGAAGUUGAACUUGCCGAAACCGUCGGUGUCGGAAUCCGAGUUGGAGCGCAUCGCAAAGUUACGUAAAAUGGGUUUCGCGCCCGAUACGACGGGGAUAACGACAUCAAACCAGUUGCCCGGACAAGAAACGCCGAUGAUUCAACGCAAAUCGAGAGAUGAAAUGGUUUUAGAAGAGGCGAGGUAUUUAGCCGCCAUGACGGCGACAAGGUCAACUUUAUACGGCGGCGAAACCCCGAGCGGAUUUGCAGAUGGUGCCGGUAAAGAUUUCUCUGGCGCGACGCCGUCGUUGCAAGGAGGUCAACGAACGAACCAGCGAGGCCACACGAACGUCGUGCACGGUACGCCCGCUUUGCAGCGCCCAGGUACCGGUGUCGUUGGUCAAACGCCUUUGCGCGACGAUUUACAAAUUAACGAUCCCGACGCCGUGGCGGAGUUUAUGCGCCCGAGUGAUUCUGCGGGUUCGAACCAGCAAUUGGAUCAUAGGCGCCCGCUUACGAGUGGUAUCAAGUCGCGCUUCGCGUCCUUGCCGAAACCGAAGAACGAGUUCAAAGUUCAAAUUCCAAACAUCGAUGAAUUAGACGAGUUAGAGGACGACGAUGCGAUGGAAUUCGACGCGAGCGGUCAUCGUCGCGCGCCUGUUGAAAUCGAAGAAGACGAAGCUGAGCGCAGAGAACGCCUUCUUGAGCGUGAAGAAAUGGUCAGACAUGAAAUGGAGAAGCGAAGAUCGCAAGUUUACCAACGUCGAAACGAGUUGCCCAAACCGAACGUUUCAAAGGGGUAUUCCGCAGUCGUUGCGGAAACGAGAAAAAACUUAGACGAGACUCAGAAACUAAUCGACGACGAGAUGAUUGAACUGAUUAAAAGAGAUCUGAACGGUAUUCGUCCGGAAGACGAUCCGAGUUUUUAUUGUUUAUCGAACGAACAACUCGCACAGGCGAAAGCAAUGCUCGCUGCAGAAGCGGGCGACAUGCCGGAUUCUUUUGCGGAACUGUUCCACAAAACCCGCGAACAAAUACGCGAGUCCGCGCGAGGUAAAGAUGUCGGUACCAAAAAGGCAGAGUACCAAGCGUUGUAUGCUCUCAUGGGUACUGAAUCUAAGAAGGCGGCGAAAUUAGAGCGCAAAGUUGCUCUUUUGCACGAAGGUUAUCGCACGCGUAGUGUUGCUUUAUCGAAAAAGUUGAAGACUUUACACGAUGAGUUAGUGGGUAAAAAGAACACCUUGCGCGCGUUUGAACUGCUCGAGGCAAAAGAAAGUCUCGGGGCGCCGAUAAGAGUUGAGAAGGCGAUGGAGCUCGCGGAAGCCGCAAGAGAGAAAGAGAAGGUACUCCAAGAAAAGUACGCCGCCGCAGUGAAGAAGUGA